GAUCAAUACCCAGGAAAUAUCAAUGGUCCGGUAAUAUCCCCGAACUUCGACAACGUCGCUUCCCUCGCGACGCAAACUGACCUAUCUCGCCCUCCACCCCUUUCCUCCCAUCCAGCCCAAACUCUUAAAUCCGUCACCAAAAUGUCCUCCCCAAUCCCCCCUCCAGAGCCCACGGCGCUCGAAAGCGCCAAAGCAGCCCUGGAGCGCAUAAUCCUAGACCCGACAUACCACGACCUCCUGGCAAUCGUCAAAGCAGCGCGCAACGGCGCUGUCUACGGAGCCAAAGUCCGGUUCCCGCACGCCCUCGUCAUGGUCUUCCUCUUCCGACCGGGCACCUUCUCCGAAAAAGCAUCCCUCGUCUUCCGCGCGACGCGCACGCACGCGCAGAACCUCGCCCGCUUCGCCGUCAUCUACAAGCUCGUGUGCUAUGUACUCAAGCACCUAGGCUCGCGCGGCGGGCCGGGUAAAGAAGGCCCGUACGAUACGCUCCUCGCGGGGCUCGUGGGCGGGUACGCGGUGUUCGGCGGCAGGGGCAAGCGCAGCGGCAAGAUCCCGAGCGUCAACCAGCAGAUCGUCGUGUACGUGUUCGCGCGCGUGGUGCUGGCGCUGGCGCGGCUGGCCGUGAAGCCGGCGGACGCGGCCGCGGGCGUCGCGGGCGGCCUGCCCUUCGUCUCGCGGCCCGACGUGUCCGCGCGCAUAUCGCACUACGCGUGGCCCGUGUUCGCGGCGGCCUCGUGGGGCGCCGUCAUGCAUUUGUUCCGCUACCACCCGGAGGAGCUGCAGUCCUCGCUCAGGAGCAGCAUGACGUAUAUCUACCAGCAGUCCGAUAGCUGGGACGGGCUGCGGAAUUUCAUCUGGCACAAUAAGUAGUGGUAGUUCGGUCUUUCCGGAGGCGGAGCGGGCAAAAGGGAGUUUGUUUGUUAGCAUGUUCGAGCUGUGAGAAGAGCGCGCGGUGGCUUCGUCGCUGCGAUGUCACGAUGUAUAAAGGCGUUCUGCGUUGAUUUCUUGGCUUUUUUUUUUUUCGGGUUUCAGGUACACACUAUUGCGCUGAAGUGUACAACUCGUGCAUUUUUGGAUGGGCAGCAAAUGUAUAGGCUCGCAUUUAUAGAGCAGGUGUCGCGAUAGGCAGAUAGACGGUCGUCUUUUAUGUGGAUGACAGGGCAGACUACGAUGUUAUAUACCCUCAAGUAGCAACUUCAUCGUCUAUUAUUACUUCAGUCAAAAGUCAACAUGACCGUAUCGGCCACGCAGCAACUAGCAAUAAGAAAGGACAAAUGACGAUACUGAAGUGUCACAUCAUCUACUAUGCCUACCUAAGUACUACAUCUCUCG